CGAAGCUGCUUGCAGGAGACACCAGAGGAACCUGGGAGGGCUGCGGGCGCUCCUGGGAGCAGGAGGAGUGGGGCCUGUCCUGGGCAGACCAGGCUCUCAGGCCUGUGUGGUCCCAGCUCCCUGAGCCCAGAGGGAGGCCAGGGCGGGAAGGCCCGGACCAGAGAGGACGCAGCCCCCAGGUCAGAACCUCCCAAGGACCCAGAAGGCCAGGCAGCUGAGGAUGGGACCGUUCUCUGCAUCUGCAGUGAGGACGGAGGAGGCCAUGGCAGCAAAGGGACAGGGCCGAGGGGAGGCUGGCCCGGGGAGGAGUUGGUGGCCAUGGACGCCCGUUCCGUGUCCUGGAGGAGGACGCCCUGAGCUCUGUCAGCCUGGGAAGCCUGGUCAGCACCUGGAGGCUGAGGGUGGGCCCGGGAGGUCUGGGAAGGACGUCAGUGUCUCCACGGAGAGCAGCAGGGUCUCAGUCCAUGGCAGCUACAGCCCCCGUGGCUGGGGCCGCAGCCUCCGGAGCCGACACAGCAGCUCAAGGUUCUGGGGGGUGGAAGGCGGCGGCUGUCAGAGGGGCAAUGCAGAGGGUUGCUGGGGUGAAGCCCACGUGCCAGGAGCAGCUGUCCCUGCAGUGGCUCUGCCCUCCUGGACGCCCUGUCUGCGGCCCCCACGCCUCCCCUUCUUCCCUGGCACAGGACUGGGCCUUGCCUUGCCACUGGCACCUGGCUACUUGGGGCCCUGUGGGCCUCUCGGUGUGGGGACGAUCACAGCUUCCCGUGCCCAUGCCCAGCCUCUGCUUCCAGAACACACUAGAGGGUCCCAACGUCCUGAUGGGUCCACUGUGUCCUCCAUGGCUUUCAGGGAUGGAGAAGGCUCCCCGUCCUCCGCUGGAGCCCUGCAGCAGAGCCGACUGCCCGUGUGCUCCCACCCCCAUCCCAGGGGCCCCAGACCCUCCCCAUCUCCACGGCCACCCCGGGCCCGGCUGCCCACCCGGGGGCCAGGCCGUGAGCUGGUGUCCUCAGAUGGGGCCGUCUGGGGUUGGCCUGGCUCCCUCCAUGUCACAGAUAUUCCCACAGAGACCCCAGCGAGACCUGCAGAACAUUACAGCAAAGUGAAGGAGAGCCAGAGGAAGAGGCAGCUGGGCGGUCCUGUAAACAGUCUGAUUUCCAAUGUAAACCAGAUUCAGGCCCACGACAUCAGGUAAACAUCUGCAUCUGAGCCCCCGGCCCCCACCGCCCGGGAGGCCCCGGGGUCCACAUGGCCGACUCUGGGACCCGUCACAGUGACCGCCGAGACAUUUCGUAAUUGGGCAAAAUUGAUCCUUGCAUUCCUUCCCUAAAUCCCAAAUCUCUGCAAUUUUACUUCUUCUCAAAAAUGAAAACAUUUGGCAAUUAGCUGAUCCAAGUGAAAAAGGUGGAGAAUGUUCUCUCAACUGGAAAAUGCCAAUUAAGGAAGCGGCCCUGACUUCCCACCGCCCCGGCUAAGCUGGGAGCUUAUCUUCCCCGGGAGGAAUCUGCUGGGAUAAGGGGCUUGGGAAACACGGAGGGCAGGGCUGCCUCCGCAGCUUCCUCUGAGAGCAGAUUAGCCGUGGCCUUGUGCCAGCAGGGCCUGGGUGCCACACGGGGUGGGGGGUGGGGGGCGGCAGAGCUGUGGGCCCAGCUGUGGCACUGGGAUUUGGGGUGGUGGGACCCAGCGAGGCACCCGCAUGUGGGCGGCACCGAGGAUGGUGACGUAGGCAGUGGGUGCCCGUGUCUGUCCCCGGCUACCCGGGCUCCCCGCCCUGCUCCUGCAGCCCGGGACCUCAGGGCCCAUUUGUGGUGCCAGGGGGCUCUUGCCUGGUCUCCACUCCUACACAUUCAUUUAUCGAAUAAAUUUUUAAAUGUAAAAUCUUUAAGUAACAACAGAAGUUCAAACUUUCUGUCCUCCGCUCACCGAGGCUGUGAGUUCUGUCUUUUUCCUGUGGUGGCUGUUUGCAGAAAUCACGGGAUGCGCACGUCUUUUUUAUCUUAUACAAAGGCAGCAUACAAUGCAUGUUCUGUUUAUCAGCCUCGUGAUUUAUUUUAAAGAUUCUGUUUUUGAAAUCGUUACAGACUCACAGGAAGUCUCAAAACUUGUACAGAGAGUCCCACAAACGCUUCCACCCGUUUUCCCAGUGGCUUCACCUCCCUUAGCCGGAGUGCGUGUCUCAGCCAGGAAGCCGACCUUGCUACGGCGGGUGCAUCUGGGUUUAUGCCAUGUCAGAGGGUGUGGGAAUCCGCGUCCGCACGGCCAGGAACAGGACACAGAGCUGUCCCAGCAGCAUGGCCGUCUCUGGACUGCUGCAUCCCAGAGACUUGGUCCCCACGUCCCCAUUCCUUCCUCCUCACAUCCUCUGGCCCGUUUCCCACCGCUAUAAAUUUGUCAUUUGCAAGUGCUAUGUAAAUAGAAUGUGUGGGGCCCUCUCAGACGAGCUCUUCUCUAAGGAACCUGCCCUCGAGACCAUCCUUAGCUAUUUCCUGUAUCAGCAGUUUGUCCCUCUUACUGAUAAGCAGAACCCUUGGUAGGACAGGACAUCUUGUUCAGCGAUUCACCUACCGAAGGACGUCUCAGUCCUUCCCAGUUUUUGACUAUGACAAACAGGUCCUCUAUCCACAAUGAUGUGUAGGUGUUUGUGUGGACGUGAGUGUUUCUUUCUCCGGGACAGACGCCCGGGAGAACCGCGGCCGGGUCAAGUGGCCCGAGGACGUUUUGUUUUUUGAAGAAACUCUCAAACUCUUUUCCGUGAUGGAUGCGCAUUUGACAUCCCACACGCAGUGAAGGCAGGACCGUUUCUCAGAAUCUCUGCCAGCGUCGGGUCUUGUCAGUACAUUUUGCGUCAGCUGUUCUAACAGGUAUGGAGAGCUGUGGGUCACAGUCCCAGCGUGUGCUCCCCGGGGCCACGCACAUCAAGGCUGCUUCCUGCCCUCAUCCGCCAUCUCCACGUCCUCUCCAGGGUUCUUCUGUUCACGGCUUCGUGCCUCAUUUCAUUGGCCCCUCUGACUCUUUUCCGUCAACUUUUGAGAGUUCUUAUAUUCCAGAUACAAGUCCUUGGUCAGACAUGUGCUUUGCGGUUAUUUUCUCCCUGUCCACGGCUUAUCUUUCCACCCAUCAGAGCAGGCUCUUUCACAGCAUAAAACUUUCUAAUUUCAAUAAGCUCCAAUUCAUUGAUUUAAAAAAAUAUGUGAAUCAUGCUUUUGAUGCUGUGUCUAAGAAAUCUGUGCCAAGCCCCAGGUCCUGGACAUUUUCUCCUACUCCAAAAGAGUUAUUUUUUUUUUUAAUCCAAUUUGAGUUAAUUCUCUUUUUUUUUUUGAGAUGGAGUCUUUCUGUCACCCAGGUUGCAUUCUGCAGUGGCACCAUCUCGGUAGCUCACCGCAACCCCUGCCUCCUGGGUUCAAGUGAUUCCCCUGCCUCAGCCUCCCAAGUAGCUGAGAUUACAGGUGCAUAUCACCUUCCCUGGCUAAUUUUUGUAUUUUUAGUAGAAACAGAGUUUCACCCUGUUGGCCAGGCUGGUUUUGAACUCCUGACCUCAAAUGAUCUACCGGCCUCAGCCUCCCAAAGUGCUGGGAUUACAGGCGUGAGCCGCUGCUCAAGUGCGGCCCCAGUUGGAGUUAAUUUUCAUGUAACGUGUAGGUCCAGGCCCGUUUUUGAACCCAUGAGUCUGCUCCAGCAUGGCUUGUUGAAAAAUUGUCUCUUCCGGCAUUGACUGAUCUUGGUCCCUUGUGGGAGGUCAAGUGAUGGUGACCCUGGGGGCCUGCAUGCCUCUUUACCUGCGCUCCAUCUCUUCCCUGGGGUGAUAUUCUUUUUCUUCAUUUUCUAUUUUUAAAAUUUUAAUUUAUUUAUUCUUUAAAUUUUAGAGAUGCGAUCUCCCUGUGUUGCCCAGGCUGGUCUAGAACUCUAGCCUCAAGAGAUCUUCCCUCCUCAGGCUCCCAAAGUGCUGGAUUACGGGUAUGAACUGCUGUACCCACCCCCACAGUGACACUCUUGAUUACUCUUGCUUUUGAGUAACUCUUAAAAUUGCGAGGCGGGGUACCGGGGGUCACACCUGUAAUCCCAGCACUUUGGGAGGCUGAGGCAGGCAGAUCCCGAGGUCAGGAGUUUGAGACCAGCCUGGCCAACAUGGUGAAACCCGUCUCUACUAAAAAUACAAAAAUUAGCCAGGUGUGGUGGUGCACGCCUGUAGUCCCAACUACUUGGGAGGCUGAGGCAGGAGAAUUGCUUGAACCAGGGAGGUGGAGGUUGCAGUGAGCUGAGGUGGCGCCAUUGCACUCCAGCCUGGUGACAGAGCAAGACUCCAUCUAAUAAAUAAAUAAACGAAUAAAACUGAGAGGCUUCUUUUUUCACUUAGUUAUUCUAGUUC